AUGAGGAAAUACAGGCCACGACUAUCGGCCUCGAUGCUACGAACGUACAAUCCUACGCAUUCAUCCCCCACUUGGACAGAGUCUGAUGCAAAGCCUCCAAGCAAAACAGAGAGCACAGUUACCCUUCAUGAAAUCCCCAAGGGUCAGACUUUCAAAGAAAACAACUGGCAAUCCCCAUCGUUCAUCUUGUGGAUGGCGAUGCUCGCAAAAGAAGCAUUCCGAUACAUUCAGUACCAAAAAAUUUCUUUUGUUGUGGCUAGUCUCUCUGUGUUCCUGGUGGUAUUUGCAGCGACUAUGCUGUCUUCCUUGUCUAGCUAUGCCUCCAUUGUCAUUACAAGAUUAGCAGAGCUUCAAGUAGGUGAGUCUGAUGUCUUAGUUUCUUCAAGGUCUGCGGCUGAUUUCUUGAACUUUACGGCAAUGAAGCACACCAUAGAAGAAACUACGGACACAAUCUCGAAGGAGGGUCUGAACGUAAACAAAUCGCUUUCUCCCAGACUAGGAUUCCGUGUAUCUGUGCAAGCACUUGUUUGCAAACAAGAACCCACUUCAAGAGGUACCUGUCGUGAAAAUCACAAUUAUACCGGUGAAGUCGUUCCUGCCAGGUUGAUUUUGUAUGAUCACGAUAUUGAGAGAGAGGCUCAAAUAGGCAAGCUUUGGCCUCAUCCCAAGCUUCAAACAGGCCAUGUCUAUAUGAAAGCAGGGCUGCAGCAAAGACUGAGGAUCUCAGAGGGGGACUACGUGAGACUCUCCGUGCACAUCGGUAUGUUUCUUUCUCAGGUAUUUCGCAGAAGCGUGAACGCAAAUGAUUCAGUUGUUGUCGUUCCUGUUCGAAUAAGAAAAACGGUUGAAAGCCUUCAUGGAAAGUUUCCAGUCAUAAGCUCAACUGAAGAUGAAGAUGAGGAGGUUGCGGGCGUUUUUGGGGAAUUAUCCCAUUUUCUACGGGAUGCGGUUGCCUUUGCAAAUUUAUCAAGUCCAGAUGCGGAGAAGCUACAAGAGCAUCGCUUGCAAGAUACAGUUUCCACUAUGUUGAUACGUAUACCGAAGCAAAGGGCAAGUGUAUAUUAUAACAGCGACUUUGCAAUGAUGCAAAGACAAGUUGUCCACUUCGCGACAGCUGUACUGCGUGAUAUGUCCUUAGACUCUCUGAAAGUUUCGCUUCCGUUGCUGAAAAAGCUUGACGAGUACAAAUUUCUCAGUCUUUUCAUUGGACUUGUCAUCCAGGUGGUCAUAUUCGUGUUUGCAUUCCUUUGCUUUAUACUUUUGUACAGCCACAUGUUUUUCGCUGUUGAGUCAAGAAGUACAGAAAUGGGAACAUUGCGUUUACUUGGACUGACCAGAGGUGGAGUCGCGUGGAUGACGCUCAUGGAAAUGCUCAUCAUCGCGAUACCCAGUUGGGGACUGGCACUUUUGGCAGCUCAAUUUUCUUUUCGGACAUUGGCAAUCGUUGCAAAUGAGCGCUUCGGUACCAACUUACCAGAAUUGAUAUCCACUUCAUCAAUAGUCAUGGCCUGUGCUGUUGGUUUAGCCCUCCCAGUUCUAGCCUCUCUACUUCCCGUGCGAAAAGCCAUGACUAGAAGACCUCUGGACGCCUUUUCUUGGCGCACAUCGAGAAUAUCUGCAGUAGUUAUAUCAAAGCAAAAGAAUGACGGUCUGGCGUCUCCAGGACUAAUGAUAGCUGCGAGCCUUAUGACCUUGUAUGGAAUCAUUAUAUUCAAUAUUUUCCCAAAGGCGAUUAUCAAGAUGGACCUCAAGUCACUCGUUUAUCUGUUCGAAGUGUUCAUCAUCAGUAUUCUCUUCGGAAUGGUCCUUUUUCUGACAAACUUUGAUCUCCAAACUUCUGUCGCUUUGAAGAAAGCCCUCUUCUUCUACGAGAGACAAAGUGUUCGAAGAAUAUCGAGGUUGAAUUUGAUAACACACAGAAGGCGAAACCGAAGGACCUUCUUGAUGUACAGUAUAUCCGUCGCUUUAGUUGUCUACAUUGAGACAAGCUUGCAGCUACAACUUGAAACUGUUCUAACAAUAAUGAGAUUUCACACUGGAGCGACGUACAGAGUGUCGCCACGUAUUUCAGGCGAUAGUAAGGCUUUUGAAUGCUGCAAGCAAAAACUUGAAGAGCUUUCCAGUUCGCCUGGUGUGAAAUCUUUUACAUGGGUAUCAGAAUCAAUUCCAAAGUUUCUACCCAAAGACGCUUCCAUGACAAACCUAGGCGGAGCUUUUUCGACCCCACUGCACGCACAAGCAGUGCUCCCAAGUUACCUUGGCUCAACUUACAAAGGUAUAUAUCGCGGAUCUUUGAAAAGUCGCGGCAGCUGGAAUAACGUGGACGUAUACGAGGAACUGUACACAAUCAAGGGCUCCCAGUCUAUUGUUGUACACGACGGCAUGCGAAGAGUCUUAGGUCUUCGAGGGCCGGGAUCUCCUGUCGCGGCUCGAGUUGUUUACACACGUAACGAUGCCCCAGAUAGUACAGCGGAAAUUCAGACCGGACCGAAAACUGUGAAGGAGGGGUCGUCCAUACUCUCUGUUUCAGCUGAGUUCAGCGGUCUUCCUGGGUUUCAUAAGAACAAAUACAGCAAGUACCAACCUUCCCUCGUUUCGUUUCCAACUUUUACUCGACUUAUUGGAGGUCGCUACCCAUACGUGGACAAACUCCCGCUCCGUGUCUUUCUCCUUCAUGUCGACACAAAUUCUGUAACCAGCUCGAAUCUUGCGGAUAUUGGACAGACACUGGGCAAAAUUAAAGGGCCAAGACUUGAUGUUGAAUCAGUGGAGGAGACGACCGAGUCCAUUGCAGCAGCAAGCACUAUAAUGCGAUUUGGAUUCCUGGGCAUCAACGCUUUGGUGCAGACUGUAUGUUUCUUUGCCCUUUUGGCGGGGAUGAUAGCAAACGCAAGGGAAAGCAGAAAGGAGACGGCAGUUCUCCGCGCAAUUGGCAUCCGAGAGCACGUUCUCAUUCGGAUUGUACUUGCGGAGGCACUGAGUCUUCUGAUGGGGGCAAGUGCUGUAGGGAUAGCUACCGGUUGGGGCGUGUCACACGUGCAGCACUACCAACAGAACAUAUUCCUCGAUCUCAAUUCAACCAUCCAUGUACCUUGGAUAACCUUCGCGACGACAUUUGUGGUUUCGUUGGUGUCAUCAAUAAUUUCUGCAGUGCUGUCCAGCAGACUCGGAAGGCGCUCCAUAACGACUGAUCUCUCAAAGGUGUAG